GGGCCGCGCCGCACGCCUGCUGCCGGCUGCCGCUAUCGCUCGACUCCCAGCCACAGCUCUGCGGCCGCCUCCGCGCCUUGCUUCAUCUUCUUCCUCCUUCUCUUCUUCUUCUCGCCUCUCUCCGUUGCCCGCCAUGCAGGCGUUCCAGUACCCCGAGGUGUACCGCGACGAGACUGCCGUGAGUACGGCACUCGCCCCGUGGCAGCUCGCCGGCGUGUGGCGGCCGCCGGGCCCGGCCUCUGGGGCAGCCUGUCUCGCCAGCCCUCUCGGUGCUCCGGGGGGCCGCCUCGGGAGUGGGGGGUUAGUGCUUUCUCGGCUUUCAGGGCUUCGUUCGGCUUCGGCCGUUGAAAAUCCAGUGUGCUCCGUUUAAAGGGUCUGGGUUUUUUAACGUCUGUGGGCCGUGGCGGCUGCUAGGGGCUUGUUAAAAGCCAAAUUUGUGGCUGUCGUGCCGGUGCCUGCGGGCUGCUGCGCCGGGAGCCGGCCCGGGGCCGCGGGGUGGCCGGGGGCGAGCGGGUCUCACGGCCGCGCAGAUCCCGGAGCUUUUGGUACGGUGGCGUGUUUCAGGGAAAUCCAGGCCUCCCCCUGGGCUGGGGUAGCGUACAGAGGAACAAGUAGUCUAUAUUUUUAUAUGAGGGCACAUCUGUAAAAUAGUUCACCUCCUUGUGUUGCGACCGUAACUUGAUACGCAAGGGUUACGGUGGAAGUUUGGCUUCAAAGGGGUUCAGUUUUCUUCUCCUUCCGCAAAGGGCUGUGCUUUAGGUGCCAGUCCAGGUAUUAUUUACAGAACUAACAUUAUUUUUAAGCCAAAAUGUUUGCCGACAUGAGCCAACGCUGGAAAAACUUAGGUAUUUACUUUCAUAGUUGAGUGAAAGGCUGAGCUAUGCUACUCCUAACAGCAGAUAUCUAGCCUGGAAGAAGGAAGUAGGUACAUGCAGCCACGUGGGUUAGUCUUUUGUGUUUGGGGUUUUUUUUAAAUUUUAAAUUUUUAUAUGUACUUUACUCACACGUUUCCAAGCAGCAAUAGUAGGGAGGGCUAAACGAGAGACAGUGGCAUAACCAGAAACUACAUUUUGGGGGCAGCUAGCAAUUGGGUUUUGUGAUUUGACUUGAACACCUGGAUUUGGAGGAGGUUUUGGGUUGUUUGUUUUUUGAGGGGUUUUGGUGUGUUGAGGUUUUUUAUUACUUUACCACUCUGUCUUGUGGAAGGAAUUUAUGUUCAUGUUCUGUAUUUUGCUGGUGCUCUGUUUUGUUUUUUUUUUCUGAGGACAACUCUGCUGCCUUGGUGCCAUCACCAAAGAAUGGUGUUGGAUUACCAUGGGCGUAAAAUAAGUGACCCAUACUGUUGGCUUGAAGAUCCUGACAGUGAACAGACAAAGGCAUUUGUGGAGGCCCAGAACAAGCUUACAGUACCCUUUCUCGAGCAGUGUCCUGUCAGAGGACUGUUCAAAGAACGAAUGACUGAACUCUAUGAUUAUCCUAAGUACAGUUGCCACUUCAAGAAAGGAAAAAGGUAUUUUCACUUCUACAAUACAGGACUGCAGAACCAGCGAGUUUUAUAUGUACAAGACUCCUUGGAUGCCGAUCCCAAAGUUUUUCUUGAUCCAAAUAAGCUUUCUGAUGAUGGCACUGUGGCUUUGCGAGGUUAUGCAUUCAGUGAAGAUGGUGAAUACUUUGCGUAUGGCCUGAGUUCUAGUGGCUCUGACUGGGUUACUAUCAAGUUUAUGAAAGUAGAAGGUCCUGAGGAUCUUCCAGAUACGCUGGAGAGAGUUAAAUUCAGUUGCAUGGCAUGGACCCAUGAUGGAAAAGGCAUGUUCUAUAACUGCUAUCCAAAACAAGAUGGGAAAAGUGACGGCACCGAGACCUCCACUAAUUUGCACCAAAAGCUGCAUUAUCAUGUAUUAGGAACUGACCAGUCAGAAGAUAUCCUGUGUGCUGAAUUUCCCGAUGAACCAAAAUGGAUGGGUGGAGCUGAGGUAUCAGAUGAUGGUCGAUAUGUCUUGUUGUCUAUCCGAGAAGGGUGUGAUCCAGUAAACAGGCUGUGGUACUGUGAUCUACAGACAGAGUCUCAGGGUAUAGCAGGAAUUCUUCAUUGGGUGAAGCUGAUAGAUAACUUUGAGGCUGAGUAUGAGUAUGUCACCAAUGAAGGAACAGUGUUCACUUUCAAGACAAACCGCCAUUCUCCAAACUACCGGUUAAUCAACAUUGACUUCAGUGACCCAGAGGAAUCCAAAUGGAAAGUUCUUGUCCCUGAACAUGAAAGAGAUGUUCUAGAAUGGGUUGCUUGUGUGAGGUCCAACUUCCUGGUUUUGUGCUAUCUGCAUGACGUGAAGAAUAUCCUGCAACUUCAUGACCUAGCUACUGGUGCACAUCUCAAGACCUUCCCCCUAGAAGUUGGCAGUAUUGUGGGAUAUAGUGGCCAAAAGAAGGACACUGAAAUAUUCUAUCAGUUCACUUCCUUUUUAUCUCCUGGUAUUAUAUAUCACUGUGAUCUGACCAAAGAGGAACUGGAGCCAAGAGUUUUCCAGGAGGUGACUGUGAAAGGAUUUGAUCCUUCAGUUUACCAGACAAUUCAGGUUUUCUACCCUAGCAAAGAUGGUACUAAGAUCCCAAUGUUUAUUAUUCACAAGAAAGGAAUUAAAUUGGAUGGUUCUCAUCCUGCCUUCUUAUAUGGAUAUGGAGGCUUCAACAUAUCAAUUACACCAAGCUACAGUGUGUCAAGACUUAUUUUUGUGCGACAUCUAGGGGGUGUUCUAGCAGUGGCAAACAUCAGGGGCGGUGGUGAAUAUGGAGAGACCUGGCACAAAGGUGGUAUCUUGGCCAACAAACAAAAUUGCUUUGAUGACUUUCAGUGUGCUGCCAAAUACCUCAUCAAGGAAGGCUACACGUCCCCAAAGAAGUUGACUAUUAAUGGAGGCUCAAAUGGGGGCCUCUUAGUUGCUGCCUGUGCUAAUCAGCGCCCUGACCUAUUUGGUUGUGCUAUUGCCCAAGUGGGAGUGAUGGACAUGCUCAAGUUCCACAAGUACACCAUUGGCCACGCUUGGACCACUGACUACGGUUGCUCUGACUGUAAAGAGCAGUUUGAAUGGCUGUGCAAGUACUCUCCUCUUCACAAUAUCAAACUACCAGAAGAUGAUGGCAUCCAGUAUCCCUCUACGCUGCUUCUCACAGCAGACCAUGACGAUCGUGUGGUCCCUCUGCAUUCACUGAAGUUUAUCGCUACUCUGCAAUAUGUUGUGGGCCGAAGCCGUAAACAAACCAAUCCGCUUCUCAUCCAUGUUGACACCAAGGCCGGGCAUGGAGCAGGAAAGCCAACUGCUAAAGUUAUAGAAGAAGUGUCAGAUAUGUUUGCUUUUAUAGCACGAUGCCUAAAUCUUGAUUGGAUUGAAUAGGCAAAAUGGUUAUUAUUGUCUCCUUUAGAAAACAAGGGCUUUAACACCAUUUAAGACCAACCAGACUACUACUUGGUGUAGUACUUACAUUUAAGAACUGCAGUUUAAUAUUUUAUUGAUCCAACCUGCUAUGGAGUUUUGCUCUUCUGUGCUUCCCUCUUUUUGAUGUUUCUUUGAAUUUCUUUUCUACUGCGUUCCAAAGUACGUUUUGAAAAGCAUGUUCAAAUAAAUAGCUUAGCUACUGUUGGUGCUGUUGUGAACAUUUAGAUUUCAGAGUUAGUGCUAGUCGAGCUUAUUUCCUGUAAACAAUUUUAAUGUAUUUUACACCUAUAAACAUAUCCAGAUAAUCUGUAAUUAAAUGUAAGUACUGUCCACAUACAAGAACUCUGAGCAUACUUUAUUUACACAGUAACUUAUUUAAGAAUGUAAAUUGAAGGUGUUCAGUGAUACCCAUGAAAUACCGAAGAGACAGUAAUCUGGGUAAUUAAGUCAAAUAUUAUUAAAAAGCUUAUAUUACAUGCUG